CGAGUCUCUGAUAUCAAGGUUUGACAUAAUCCAAGAGAAUCAGAGGAACUAGGAUCUUAAGAUUGUACUUCGAAAAGCAGAAUGAUGCACGUCCCUUUGGUGCUUCUAAUUCUUGUGUUACGCGCAGUUAGAGAAAGAUGUGUGGCUACCGUAGCUGAGAAUUACGGACUGGGAAGAGUCAUAGAUCUUCGAAAGGUCAACUUACUGGCCGACUUCCAGGAGAAAGAGAACAGGAUCUUUGAGGAGCUACCGCAGAAAUGUCUCAUAAAGAAAACUUUGAAGUCUUCAAGCAGCCACUUCGAAUAUUAUGCAAAUACUAAGGCGUUUUAUGAAUCACUCGCCACCCAGUCAAGCUUGAGCGCCUCUUUGCAGUCCGCGUACUCAUUGGGUGUCACGGUAUCGGUUGCAACAAAGAGAAAAAGUUCAAAGAAUAUUGAGGUGAGUGGCAUGUCUUUGAUCAAGCAGGCCUUAACAGAAAAGAUCGACGUCGAUAAAGAAUGUCUACUGAUUGACUACAUGUCCACCUUGAAAGGAACAUUUAUUAAAGACUUGGAGAACUUGCCCGUACCCAUAAAAAAUCCCUGGGAGCUAAACUCGUGGAGGGAGUAUCGUACUUUUCUUAACAAAUACGGUUCUCAUGCCAUAACGUCUGUUAAGCGCGGAUCAAGAUUUCAGCAAAUGACAUUCGCAGAGAGCUCGAAAGCCUACAGUCAAAGAGAUUUCCAAGUGAAAGCUUGCGUUUCGGCCGCAGGACCUACUCAGGUCGGAAAGGUCGGCGUCUCUGCAUGUUCAAACGUAAGCCAAAGUGAAAUAUCCAAAGCAAGCACCAUGAGCACGAGCGAGAAACGCUUUGUCAAAGGUGGAAAAAGGGAAACAAAUAGCAAGCUGGCAAACAACGCGACGUCGGUUGAAUUAAUUAACCAACUCAUGGAUGAAGCUGAUUCUUCUCCUGCGUCUGUUCAGCACACCUUUAUGGCGAUCUGGACGAUCCUACAGAGCCGCUUUAAACAGGGGUCUCCCAACAACAUCCGAGCCACAAACCUCGAGUACUAUUACCUGGGAUUCUUGAAUUUUGAUUGUCCUUUCAUAACUAGCUCUGGACUUGCCGUACAAAAGUUUGACCAUACCACAGGUUCCAGCAAUGAACGUCCAGAAUUCGAGUGUACCCUGGCAAAAGAGGGGUGUCACAAUGACGAUGACUGUCACUACAAACCCUUUUGGUGCUCCUGUCGUGGUCCAACAUGUGUCCCUUACAGGUCAGUGAAACAAGGUGCAGGUGACACUAAGGAAACUGCAUACGCAAACACGUUUGAAGAUUGGGGAUGGCAUGGUUGCGAUUGGAAAUAUGCUGGAUCUUGGUGCAGUUGCUAUAAUAAGAAUCGUGAUCAGCGGAAAACUGUGUGGUCCUUGCCAAACAGAGAUGCCCCCGCACAUAAAGCAUCAACCAAAACCGCUGAUGAAAAAGGCAGAGGAUUCAGGUCUCCAAGGUACACCGAAAGGAAGGGAUAAUGAAAAAGGAAAUUUUGGCUCACUUAUCAUUGAAAUUCGGUUCACUUAAAAAUUAUAUUAUAACUUGACGAACAGUGCAUGUGUCUCACUGUGUUUGAAUAAAGGAAUAUAUGUGAACAUGUUUCAUGAACAAUCAUUGAUAGUACCUGUCUGUUACUCGGUCACCGAAUAAACUUUGAAACUAUUGAA